AUGAAAGCCUUCUUCUGCAUUGCCGCCCUAGUGGCCUCGACCAGCGCCGGAAUAAUCUCGACCGGGGCUUCGAGCCAACACCGAUCCGAAGACGGACUCGGAAACUACGCUUUCGGAUACGACGAGGCCCACCCAAGCGGAGGAUCCUUCCGCAAAGAGUCUGGGAACGCCCUCGGUGUCAAGAUCGGAUCCUACGGACUCCGUGAUGCCGAUGGCCGUGUCCGAACUGUGAACUAUGUCGCCGACGCCGCUGGAUUCCGUGCCUCGGUCUCGACCAAUGAGCCUGGGACCGCUCCUUCCCUCCCCGCUGCCGCUGCUUACAACGCCGCUCCCGCGAAGGUGAUCGCUGCCGCCCCCGUUGUGGCCGCCGCUUCAUACGCCGCCCCGGUUGUCGCUGCCGCUCCCGCUCUGUCCUACGCCGCGGCUCCCGCUCUUUCUUACGCCGCAGCUCCCGCUCUCUCUUACGCAGCGGCUCCCGCUUUCUCUUACGGCGCGGCUCCCAUCAUCGCCAACGCUGGAGUUCCCGCCCAGUACGCUGCGAAUGUGUUCGCUCCCUCCGGAACCCCCUACGCCUGGUGA